UGGCCAGCGUCUCCGGUCGUGAAAACUUCUCCAGUCGCGAUCUGUCCGCUUCCAUACUUUCAGCAUCGGAAGGCUUCCUCUGGAUCCGAUGCCUCUUCAAGUAAGCACCCUGACCGUGUCUGUUAUAAGAACAUGCUGGGAUGGGAUGGAGAGGGUCAAUCAGUCCAAGAUAUGUCUUCUCCAUGCAUCACCCAUCCAUCUCUGCGUGAGCCCCACCGCUCAUCAUAUUAACCUGUUCAUUAACAUCCCACGCGACCGCACAGGCGUCCGUGACCUCGUUGAUGCUCAGCGCGUUCUCGAGGCCGUCCGGCUGCGCAUCCUGCCACUCAUCACGCGGCGUCUGCGUCCGCAGGAACGCGCCAUCCUGAGCAGCGGCAAUGUUUUCGUCUGGGAGGAGUCUGAGGCCGAAGAUGGCCUCGCGCGUUGGACCGACGGUCGGGCGUGGUCCCAGAGCAAAAUGCGAAGCGACUGUUUGUUCUACGAGGAGAAGCUCGCUCUAAGUGAAGAUGAGAAGGCCGCCAAGGCUGUCCGGCGGGCUAUGAAAGCGAAAAACGGCUGUGCCGAGAUCCCUGCUGCUCCCAAGCGCAGGGACCGGCCGACGAAGGUGGACGGGCUGCGGAAACAGACGUACUCCGUGCUGAUCCAUCCGCCGGGAGCCACGAGUCCGCGCAGGUGGCACCUUGUGGCAUACCACUCCAUAGCGGAUGCUCCCAAUCUUCCCGUAAUCGAAGACUUCGACUAUCUGAAGAAUAUCUGCAUACCCGAAGGCGUUUUCGUCGCUUUGUCACCCACCUCCGUGCCGCCCCAUCCCUCCCGUCCGUACCGCCAUGUCGUCAACGUCAACGAUGGACCCGAGCGCCGUCGUGAUGAACUCCAGCGCCUUCCGUACGUGCGCUCCCGCACCGGCCGCCGUCGGGCUUAUCUGACGCCGUACCGCGGGUACACAGGCUACGCCGUCCUCGUCGCGCUCUGCGUCGUGUUCGCAAUCGCCGCGGGCAUGUGCUACCGCACGAACGCUUACAGGCGGCACAUGCGCUCGCUCGUCGCCGCCGAGAUCAUGCGCGGGCAGGCCGCGGGCACCGCCGCGACGCAAGCAGCGGAAGCGGCCCUGGGCCCCAAACCCGAUCUGUUCAAUGUCUACGUUGUCGAGGACUUCGCUGAUGAGAAGAAGAAGAAGAAGGGAGGAGUGCGGUGGGGCGACCUGCUGCCAAUAGCAGUUACGCGGCACGACAAGGGAAGCGCCACGGACAACGCCCUGCUGUCCGUGGCGCAUGUCUCUGUGAUGAUAAGGAUGCCUCAUGGAGAUCUACCACUGUCCCCGUCCGAGCCCGAGAGCGAACGGAACCUCUCCGCCUUGGAGAUGGGCCUAUGCGAAACGCCUUACGUGGAUAAGCACGAUGCGAGCGUGCGACUGUAACAACAUGCCACCCUUGGAAUUGAAACACAACAUUAACGUGACGAAAACAACACAGUGGAAGUACAGUCUGAAUAAGGUAAAGAUUUCGAAGAAGAUCAAAUUGCAGGCGGCGGGAGACCUGGGGUCGCCGGCGGCUCGGGCUGUUCGUACGGCGGCGGCAGCUGAUUAGCGACGUGGGCCUCCAGCGUCGCCAGACGCUGCUCGAGAUACCGUUCCCGCUCAGAGGGGUAUAGUGACGGGGGAUUCGCCUCGGAGUAGACCGUAUCUCUGCGCGAGGAUGUCUCGGACUGCGACUGGGACGGCUGCCGCGAUAUGGAGCGCGACGGGCCGGCGACCGGGGUGGGCACAAUAUAUCCCGCUGUUUAGCUCCGGAGUCAGAAUCCAGAUCGCAACGGAACCUAUUUCGACGCACCCAUUUUCUCAGGCGGGAAUCGGCCUGCACGCGUGUCGACAGACAAAGGUGCAGCAGCGGCCUCAGGUGACAGCGGCAACGUCUCACGAGUCAUCGUCCCGCUCCGCGACAGCGGGGGAUUGGCGUUCGAGGAGGCCGAGGCGAAUGUGCUCGUCGCAAAUAAGUUCCCGACGGUGAGCGAAGCGGGCGGGCGCUCGUCCACGAAUGGCUGCAGCACAUUGUUGCCCCGGAUCCUGCGCAUCUCGCCCUGCACCGGCGGGAGACCAGCCGCCCGCCGCUCGGCAUCUUGCUGCGACCGCUUGACCUGCCUCCGCCGCCGGAAGAGCACGAAGAGCACGAAAGCCAGAACGCCGCCGACGAGCACGCCGAUGACCGCACCGACGAUCGCACCGACAUCGACAUGGUGCGCGGAAGUCAGAGCCGCAGGCGAGUCUUGUGUUGAGCUGGAUCUUAGGACAGGCGUUUGAGAAGAGGUGCUAGUGACCGUUGAAUGUAUGCAAUCGAAAAACACGUUGAAACACUCACGCCGA